UUAUCAUUUAUCAUAAGACUUUAGUCGGCUUUACGAACAUUUUGUGCAGUUUGUUCGUCUCAGAUUUGAUAUAAAAUAUAAUGGAUCGUAAUAAGCCAAGCUCCAGCGCUAGAUCUACGAAGAAGCAAAUAAGCUUACCGCAAAGUGAACUUUUUGCGCUGGGUUCAAAAACUGCUGGUAGCUCUAGGGAUGAUGGCAAAGGAAAAAGUAGUGUUGGUGGAGUUAGCGAACGAAAACGGGACACUUCAGUUUUGGCAAGUGCUGCAGUAAAAAAGAUUAAGCUAGCCUCCUCCGGGGGGCCUUCGUCUUCACUGCCAGGGACUAGCAAACCAUCGUCCGGUGGAGACAGCUCCAGUUCCAGUAGUGUGCUGGAAUAUUGGGAACAAAUGGCACUGGACUGCGAGUCGGUUGAUCUUGUAUCGUCAGUUCUGAAUUCAAUUGACCAGCAAGACAGUGACAGCGUCGUCGGAUACAUUUGCGGUGCGAUUAGAUUGCUUGUUUCGCCCAAAUCGAAGUCAGAAUCGGUUCUUUCGUUAUCAUUAUUGUACUUGGCAAAAAUAAGACCACAUUUGUUUUGCAACGAGACUAUCACUUCAGCAUUGAUUGCUGUGUUGAAAAGAGAUAGUCAAAACUCUUUCAAGGGUCGUAAUAACCCGACAGUUCAUGUGUUGGCAUGCAAUUUGUUGGCCAGAGGAUACAGCGAUAAGAAACAGUGGCCAGAAAGUCUGAUCCGUGCGUACAUAGACGAUGCCAUGAACGAUCGUGUUUGGGUGGAUUACGAGGAAUGUGCCCCGUUCACAGAUAAUUGUGUAGCUGCAUUCGGAACGAAAAUUCCACCAAAAUGGAUGUUGCAACCGGAACUCAGCACUUUGAACCCGAGUGCUAGAGAAAAUCCUACUAUCGAUGACGAGCACUCGACUGACAGUGGAAUGUUUGGUGAUUCCCUGGGAAAAGAUGCGGAUGCUAAUCCGCCACGGUUCGCCCACAUUCAGGAACAAAUCGAGAAAAUGGUGGUGGAUGCCGCUAAGGAUCAACUCAACCGGAGACAAGCUCCGGAUUGUUCGACACGAAACUUUCUUAAAUUUUUGUCUUUGGCUUGUGGAAUUCCAGAAAUUAGAGCUGUUGCGAUACCACGUCUAGAGCUGUGGAUCCAUAAUGGUAAACUUAUGAAGCCGGCGCAGGAAUUACUGACUUUCAUUUGUUACAAUGUAACCGGUCAAAGUACGAAAGAUCAAGAAGUUCUAUCAAAUUUGGUUAAAAUGAGAUUGAAAACUAAACCGUUGAUCAAUAUUUUCAUGAUCUGUCUCAAGGAGAUGAUAAAUUCUCAGGACGAGAUUUUGAUUUUGAUGCUGAAAUAUGUGAUUCAGAAUGAGCUUUCUAAUGCUCGGAACCCGAACAAUAUGGGAAUGCUAGCGACUAUGUUCCAGGCUAAACCAUCGGAAUCCGCUACCCAUUUGGCAGAGAUCUACCAGGAAUGUUUGUUGCAGCGGGAGGAUGUUCUUCGCACACUAAGGGUAUUUUUGCGAGAGUUAGUCAAAAUGCUAAGGUACGACAUCCAUCUGAUGGUGUUUUGUAAAGCUCUGCUCAUCAACCGAACAGAUUUGACACCCCAAAUCGUGAGCUCCGAGUUUCGGGAUAGAAUAUUUCACUCGAUCGCCGAUUUAAUUUGCCUGUGCAUGUUUCUUUCCGUUUCACCACAAAUACGAGAAGCUAAUGCGUCGAUUCGAAGUGGCCGCGAACCAAAAAGCUCUCCGGCACUAGUAUCUUUCUAUCAACAAAUGUCAACGAUUCAAUUCGAUGCCUUGACAUGGAUGCACGAAGUCGUUCCAGUGCUGUUUAAACCAUCUCCCAAUGAUUUUAAAAUAGCUUUUCACAAAAUACUGUUGCUAGAUUCGCCGGAAGCAUAUGCCAAAGGUGACCAGUGGCCACCAGAACCGGAGAGAGCACCGCUGCUGAGAAUAGUUUCGGAAAUUCCUCUGCAACAGAACUCCAUGCUACGCAUCAUACUGAUCGGUAUUACAAAGGAGAUUCCUUUCACCAUCCCGGACACCAUGGAAAUAAUCGAUCAACUUGUUCGUAGAGCGGGAUCAUUGCGUCACACUGAUUAUCCGCCUUUAGAAGUGGCCAACCUGGAAAUUAUUGAUCUUCUUUUCAAGAUGUCUGAAUACCAUCAUCCGGAUAACAUUGUAUUGCCACCGAACUACGAACCACCGAAUCUUGCCAUAGCCUCACUUUAUUGGAAGACCUGGAUAAUACUGCUUUUGAUAUCCUCCCACAAUCCGUCCAUGUUUGGCUCCUUCUGCUGGGAACAGUAUCCGAUGCUACGUACUCUAAUGGAAAUGUGCAUCACCAAUCAAAUCGGACCGACGAAAUCGUCGGAUGAAGAAUUGCAGGUUUCUGCUGCCGAAAAAGCGCACAUCCUUGAAUUCGAGAAUCAUCUUGCCUCUAAUGUUAUCACUGAACAAAACAGUUUACUACUAUCCCAGCUGAUCAUGAUGGAUCCCCGAGGAGUGGCUCGUCGUCCUCCACCUCAAGUUCUGGAGCAGAUCCAAUCGCUCAACGUGACCCAUCGGCUGGGUCACCUUUUGUGUCGUAGUCGUAAACCGGAUCUAUUGCUCGAAAUUAUCCAACGUCAAGGCACUUCACAAUCGAUGCCAUGGCUAGCGGAUUUGGUGCAAAAUAGCGACGGCGACUUCAACCACCUGCCGGUACAGUGUCUGUGUGAGUUUCUGCUGUCCAACUCCAGUACGGUUGUGGUGGAGAACAGUCGCGAAGCGGACCUACUGGUUUUCCUGCAAAAGGUUAUUCAGGAUGAGACCGGCGAUCAUCAGAUGAUCUGUGAAAUAUUCGAAUAUUUCCUGAGGAGACUGUCGUCCUUUUCGAACCAUGCCCGAAAAUCAGCGAUUCGUGGACUGAAAUUACUACUGAAGGUUUUUCAAGAAGACAACGAUCCAGUUCCAAUAGAAAGUAACAACUCGGAUUGGUUGCUUCGGUACCUACCGAUGAUCCCUCACUUCGUGUAUAUCCGGCCGAAUGUAGUGUUGCAGCUGCGAGCAGCUUGUCAGGUGGAAAACAUACCCGAGCUUGUGAUGGUCUACAUUCAGUUUAUCGCGGCUCAUACGUCGAUGGAUUCGGAGGCCGACAUGUUGGAACACGUCAUGGAUAUGUCCCAUCUGAUAGUGGAACGCAGUACCAUUUUUUCGCACAUCAUACCAACGGUAACCGAUCAAAGUGAAGGUCGAGUGCAAACACUGAACUGUUUGUUUGUUAUGUUUAAUAAUUUUCUCAUCAAACUGAGAGAGUACAAAAUUACACAAACCUUUGCCGAGUACCAGGAUUUGCUCUUGGUGCAAUUUUCGGACGAAAGUCAGUGUCACAUACAUCUGAACAUAAUACAAGCGUUCGUGAUCCUUCUGACGCACUCUACCUUCAUUCCGGUGGCGUCACAAAUUCUCGAUUAUUGGUUCCCGGAGGGAGCUCCUCCUCCGCAGGCAUUCAACAUUGAGACUUCGGAACCUGUGCAAAUAUUGCCCGAUUGGUUAAAGCUCAAAAUGAUUCGCAGUAACGUCGAUCGGUUGGUUGACGCAGCCCUUAUCGGUUUGACCCCAGAUCAAAUAGUUUUAUUUGUACAAAAUUUCGGUACACCGAUCAAUUCAAUGUCCAAGUUAUUAGCACUGCUUGACAGAGCCGUCAUUGAACAAUUCGAAGCGGUUAAUAAUGCUAUUCUGCACAAAAAAUAUUUGGGUCAGCUAAUUGAAAUCCAGCAAGCGCGUGGAGCUAAAAAUGGUCAUAUAUCCGUCCAGGCGUUAGAAUUGGACGAACAGUCUGUUGGUGAUGCCCCGGCGAUGAAUGUACCGCCGAUGAAUAUGCCAGUAAUGCAAACACUGCAGGUUGACAUAAGCAAAGACCUCCGUGGACGGCCACAUACCGAACAGAGCAAAUCCACCACCGCGCCGAACGACAUUGAAGAAGCAGUUGAGAUUAUUCUAUCGAAUCCAGUUAUUAGCAAACACGACAUGCCAAAAUAUCGAAAAUUAAUUCGACUCUUGAUGAGUGGAGCGAAGUCCGAUAAGACACAGGAAACCACAGCCAACAAGACGUUGAAUCAUAUGGGCAAAUUAUUGAAGAGCUCCCAGGGACAGUAUUUAAUCAAGAAUUGGGUUCAAAAUCCGCAAAUGGUUUGCUUCUUCCGGUCACUGCUGGAAGUUCCAGCAGAAAAAUUUGCCAACUUGAACUAUCUACUGCACGUUUUGGACGAAAUCAUCAAAUACAUGAAUCCGGCACCCAAUACGGUUCUGCUUCAGAUUUUGGUCGGUAAGCGCCAGCAAUUGAUUAAAGUUGCCCAGAAGGACAACAUGCAACAUCAAGAGCAAUCUCAGAGCUUGGUUCAGGUACUAACGACCACAAAAGCCGCGGAGGUGGAGCGCAAAGGAAAACAACAACUGCGCAGCACAAAUAACGAAGAAGUGAUCAACGUAAUUUCUACGCGUCUCAAGGAAAUUAAGAUGGAAUCGCCGGAGACACAGUUCGACAAGAGAGGUAUGCUGGUGGAUUGGUUAGCCGAUGCCGACUCGGAGGUUAUUCAAGUCAACAAGGAGAUUCAGAUGGAUAUGUUGUUCAACAGAAAGUUGCCCGAAUUUCGGCCCUAUUUACUGUCACUACUUAGUCAUCAGGCUAGCUGGGCAACGCUCUAUCAAACGAUUGAAAUUUUGAUGGAAUCAUUUAAUCCCAGCUUUGACCCAGCCUCGGUUCUAGACUUCAUCGAUGCUAUGAAUAGAAACCCAAAACUCUGGCAGGGCCGGGACAAAGCCGUUCCAAAACAUGAACAGGUCGAGUACAUUGUGACCUUGAACGAGAAGCAGAUUAAAACAUUCAUCGAUUACAUACUAGCGGAAGCAGAACAUGAACGGAUGUGUCAACGGGUGAAGCUACUUCUUCAGUGUAUCGAAAACAAAUACGAGCAUUUGAGUGCGAUGGUGGAAUAUGCUGAUAAAAAGAAUGACCCGUUAUCUAAAAUAUUUUUGCAGCAAUUGUACCUCAACAUUCCACCAAUGAAAUUUUUAAUGCCUCACAUUAAAGGAGUUUAUGAUGCUGACGUUCGGCACGCUACGGGAUGUGUAGGAGAUAAGUUUGCCUACUACAUUCUAACUACGAUUACAAGUCUCUCCAAUCCAAGAGAUUUUCAACAAAUGUCUGCUGAAAUGGAACUCAUUGUUAGAAAGUUAGCUGCGUCCCACCCGAUUCUGUUGCUGCGCCAGUUGACAGUUUUAGCCACCAUGCUCCAGGGAAGGGCUCACAUGGAUCUGCAGGUUCUCCGCGCGGAAUAUCACUUCCAUCUGUUUCACCAGGUGAUCGGAGUUUUGGAACUGUUACAGCCGCUAGUAUUCAACGACAGUUACCAAGUUGGUUUUCAAAAUGCAUUAGAUUGUUACUUUGCUCUGUUGAGGAAUCACGGAAACGUGAAAGAAACCUACACUCUAAUCUACCGCUUCAUGGAACUACUGCAGGGGUAUAUCAGCGCCAAUCCCAAAAUGGCUAUUGAAUACGUACAGAAACAUUCGGACCUUUUAAACGAUCUUGCACAACAACACUACGAUCUGCAAUCUCUGCAGCAAUUAGUGCAGGGUUUAUCCACGCUCAAACAGCGCUCAUCUAAAGCAAUCAAUGGAAACUCUGGCGAACCGAUUGCUGCAGGAAGCUCGAUGGAGUGUGAUAGCGACGAAAUCAAACCCAAGCAGCAGACAACUGCUGCGGUUAUGAUGUCUCCGUACAUUAAAAAUGAAGUUUUACCACAACAUUGGCAGGAACUAACGCAUGCACUGCGUUCGCGCGAUAUAGAAGAUAUAUCGAUGCCGUUGUUAGAGGUUGAUGCUCUAACGGCGAAGCGCCCGGCUCUUCUGGAAGAUGUUUUCGACGAAAUUAUUCGCUUCUUAACUCAUUCGUCCGGAUCGAUCCGUCAGACGGCACACGGUCUCGUUACACGAUGGCUCAAGCAUAAUCCCGGAAAUCCUUCCACGAACAGCACCGCACUGUCGGCUUUUGUACAAUGUCUCUACCACGAAGACGUAGCCGUUGUUCAAUCGGCACUCGAUAAAGCUACCGAGUACACACUUUGCCUGCAGGAGUACGCCCCGCAGAUUCUACAAACCAUGUUCAACUUGGGAAUAGAAAGUAAAAUCAACACCUACAACGCGAUCCGACGAUGUGUACAGGCAAUCAAGAAACAACACGCUUGUUGAACGAGUCUUCAAGUUGGCUAACGGAGGUUGUAAAGAAUAAACACAGUAUUUUCCUUACUUUGAUUUACUGUAGCAUCUAUUUAAACAGUAGAUUUUUUCCUACACAGAUUAUUAAAUGUUGGAUGAAAAAUAAC